CUGCAUAUUAGUGCAUCAUUUCUAUGUGUACACACCUCUGGACCUAUUUGAUUCUGCACCCAGAUAUAUUAGACAUCAAGGCAGUUCAACACAGGAACAAAAUCUUUCGUGAUUUCAAAAUUUCCCAUCUCUUCCCUGGCCCGUAGUUCAUCAUGACAGUGGAGGGCAGCCCAGACAGGUUAAUUGAGCCCAGACCAAUGGAAUAUUCAGGCUGGAAUCAGACAACACCACAAGCCAAAUGCUGUUCCCCAACUCUGAAGAUCUUUAUUGGUUUACUUGCCUUCUGUUAUUUUACAAAAUCCCUAACGGGGGCUUACACCAAAAGCACAAUCACUCAAAUUGAGAGGUGGUUUGAGAUCCCAAGCUCCACAGUUGGUAUCAUCGAUGGCAGCUGUGAAAUGGAGAGUGUGACCAUCACCCCUCAGGACUCUCGCUGGGUUGGGGCCUGGUGGCUGGGUUAUAUGGUUUCUGGGCUGUUGACUCUUCUUGCUGCUUUGCCUCUCUGGUUCCUACCAAGAGCUUUACCUGAAAACCCCCAAACCUCUAAAGCAUAUCACCCCUCAAACCAACACAAACACACACUCAGCAUUACAGAGAUUGCCAAAGAUUUUGGGCCAUCUCUAAAGCGUCUGCUCACCAAUGGGAUCUAUCUCUUGUACCUGGCUUACAGUGUAUUGGCAUUCAAUGCUUUUGCCAUUGUCAUAACAUACACGCCAAAGUAUUUGGAGCAGCAGUUUGGACAAAGCACAUCCAAGACCAAUUUUCUCAUAGGAGUGACGUCUAUUCCACCAGUGGCUCUGGGUAUGUUCCUGAGUGGUUGGAUAAACAAGAGAUUUAAACUAGGUCUGCUGGGAUCUGCAAGACUGAUGUUCUUCACCUCUGAAACCUCAUUGAUUUGCAUAAUACCUUACUUUGCUCUCAGCUGUGAAAACAUAGAUGUCGCUGGGGUCACAGUGCCCUAUCAAGGAUCUAUUGAAGUUCAAGAUAUAAGCCGUGAUUUACUCACUUCUUGCAAUGCUGACUGUGGGUGUCCCGACUUCCUAUGGGAUCCAGUGUGUGGACAGAAUGGAGUGACCUACAUCUCUCCUUGUCACACUGGCUGCAAUUCCACUUGGGGCACAAGACAGAAUAUGACAUUCCAUGGCUGUACAUGUAUCCAGAGCUGGGGAUUGACUUCUGGGAAUUCCUCUGCAGUGCUUGGACAGUGUUCGCGAGAGAGUAGCUGCUCUAAAAUGUUCUACAUCUAUCUGGCACUGCAGUCUCUCUCCUUCUUUGUGUACUGUCUGGGCACUGUUCCCUUCUUCCUCAUCUCAUUGAGGAUUGUGGAUCCUGUGCUGAAGUCUCUCUCAGUGGGAAUACUUCUGUUAGUUUUAAGAAUUUUUGGUGGUAUUCCUGCUCCCAUUUGCUUUGGAGCUCUUAUUGACUCGACCUGUCUGAAAUGGGGCCAAAAUAAAUGUGGUGGAAGAGGUGCAUGCAGAAUGUAUGACAUUGAAACUUUCAGGUACCUAUUUCUGGGACUGGUCAUCUCUCUUCGGGCAUUUAGCUAUACCCUAUUAUGGAUUUUCACCACACAGAUUAAGAGGAAAGUACAGAACGAUAAGCAAAUGUCCAAGAACAUAGAACUCCAAUACCCUGUGCUAUGUGAUCCAGAACAGUAA